CUUACCCUCUCCUCCUCGUCUAUAAAUAUCUACCUUCUAAAUUCCAAAGCACAAAACAGAGCAACUUAAAGACUCAAAAAUGGAGGCAAUUCAAUCAUGGGUUUCAAACCACAAACUAGCCACACUUGGGGGGCUGUGGGCUUCUGGGAUUGGGGCAUCACUUGUGGCUAAUUCACGUACAAGGUCUCCAAUGAAACCUAGUCUUAGACUCAUCCAUGCCAGGUACAUGACAUGUCCCAUAUACAUACAUACAUGCACAUUCAUCACCUACAUACAUAAUAUAGUGUUCCUUUGUUUUUUCUUUUCUCAUUUCUUUUAUGCUGUUUGGAUUUGUAGAAUGCAUGCGCAAGCUUUAACACUGGCAGUGUUGUCUGGUGCUGCGGUUUAUCGUUACUACGAGAUUCGUGAAUGUGGCCCAAAACAACAGGCCCACUAUCCUUCUCCCACUGUGGCCCAGCUAGUUGAAUGGGAGCUCCAAAGUCCUUUCUAAAAUCGAACUUUAUAUAAUUACCAAGUUAUUGUAGUUUCUUUAAUUAUUAUAUAAUAUAAAAUUAUCAGACUCCACAAAGAGGAAAACAGAAAGUUAUCCUUUUUGGAGAUCAAGAGUUUGGUGAUUGAAUUGUAUAUAGCCCAUAUAAAAGGGAAAUGAGAGAGGGGUGUUUCAUCUACCUCUGGUAUCUCACACCUCUAAAAAUUACAAUUUUAACCUUUUAAUAUUUGCACUUCUAUUUCUUCAAAAA